CAGUAACCACUGCGUCUUAGAACACGAUUCUUCGCACAAGAAAUGAAGCGGCAAGACAAAAUUCCGAUCAGUAGCAGAUUAAGUGAAAACAAAAAGCUGGAACAAGAGACAAAGGUUAUAGAACAACGCUUGAGUCUGCUUAAGUCUGCUUUGAAGGACAGUAUGCCAAAACCUCUUGAGAGCGCUGGACGGUUUUGUGGCCAGUUUAAACCACCGCAUACUGGCGAAUCGGGCGAACCCCUCUGGUCUGCUAGUCGCAUGGGGGCCACUUAUGAGACCAUUAAGAGAAGAGUUGGGACAAUUAAUCCGUCGAAGUUGAAACUAAAAACAUUAAAGCAUGAGUCUACCGAAUCAAAAUCCACGAACAAAAAUAUUUACAGUGAUAUCAUCCAAAGACUGACGACACAACUGAACAAUCCCGAGGCUAAUUUGUGCCAACCUGCGCCGUCUUCCGAUACAGUGAAGUGUGGACAGUGUGAGGCAGUGGAAGCAGCCGUGGCCUGUCAAGAGUGCAGCGAAAAUUAUUGUGCAAGGUGCUUUGCUCAUUUUCAUAUGAAGGGCGCGCUCAGACGCCAUCAUUCUCUCCCUUUAUCACUGCUUCAGAAAUGCCAUCGGACAAUUUCACAGCCUCUGAAGGAAAGUAAAAUUGAAGGUCUUCAUGUCAAAGCUUCUUCCGUACCUGUCCAAACCACUGGAUCUCAAACUGGAUCAUGUUGCACCGAAGACCGCAUGAACUGUGCUGCUCAAACGGAUUGGAGUAAGGCGAAUGGACAAUUCGUUCAGACUGAAGCGAACACCAAUUCGGCUGAUCAGCACCCCGUGGUGCCAAAUGUCCAUUUCACCCCAGCAAUCAGCUAUGCGGAGCGUCUGAUGUUACACCGUCAUCGAAGAGGCCAAAUUCCAGCAUUCAACAUAGAUCGGCCAGAAAGGCUCAGCUUGAAGGUGGACGAUGACAAUGAAACAACGGAGACAGGUAGUGAUAGCAUUCAGCAACACAUUUUCUAGUGUAAAAUUCUGCGGUCUCAAAUCCCCUCUGCAUACGGGUUUUAUGGGUUGAAGACAGUUCCUCGACAAAUAAGUGAGAACUCAGAAGGCACAAAUAAACCAGAAACCAUGGGAAUUGUAGUAAAUAUAAUGGGUUAUAUGAAUAGCUCGUCACCAAUGCAUUCACCGG